GUUUGAAGGAAAAAGAAUAGGAACGAGUGAGGGUAACGUAGAGUUAGACACUCCCAAACACUACAAUCCUGACACUCUUGAUGACGAGAUCCGAAUCUCUUUAGAAGCCAUGCCCCGUUCACCCGAAGGCGAACAACAUCACAAUUUAACGCACUUAAUGACUCUUCGCAGGGUGAAAGACCCAGUAGAUGGACAAAUGAAAAUAGCUACGAGCUAUGUGGGAAAGACCAAUGGAAAGCCAAAAUCUCUAGCACCUUCAACAUCUAGUACCUUCAGCUUGACUUCAUCACGAUCUGCGACAAGCAGAAGCAUGUUUCUACGUUAUUUCGGGUUCAAAUAUCUAGACUUUUCGGAAGCCGAACACGCAGAGCAUGAUCGUCAAGGAAUUAACAGCAAAGCCUUCCCCAAUCUGAGUGAACAGAUGUGGAUGUCAGCUGCGGGAGAGAGGCAAAAACUCCAGUUAAAGCUUGGGAGUUGACAUCUCUAUGCGCGUCUCUACGGCUAUCUCAAGCAGGAAAGCCAUAGGUAUGUGAGCUAGAGAUGCCAACUUUCAACCUCUACUCCAGUACGAAGUCCUUAUCAACAACGAAAGAGCCCAUUCCCCGUUCGACCUUUUGUCGAGAACUCAAGGGUACAAAGCUUGGUACACUGGUGCCGUGAAUACGUUUCAUCAUCUUGUGAGGAAGUACAAGCUUCUCAACACCUAUCAAUUGGACCGUUGCUUUUUCGGCUAUCUAGGAGAACAGCAACUGAGAGGGCAGAAAACUGGGAUCACGAUGUUG